AUGGGUUGGUUUUGGUCGGACGCAGCCCCAACGGCACCCGCAGCCCCUCCAUCUGCCUCGAAACACCGAGCACAAGCCGGAUCCCCUCCUCCUGGAUGCCCAAUGCAUAAUCGCACCGUGGAAGCCUUUUCCUCCCCAGUAUCAUCCCAAAAUGCGGCCUCAUCUUGCCCCGUCCCUCACGGCAACCCCUCAGCAAACGCAGCCCUUUCUUCGUGUCCCAUCACCCAAGGCAACGGAGCAAGUACAGCAUCCGAGACUGCAAGGGAUCAGCCAUCAUUGUUGUCAAAGCUCAACCCUCUGAACUACAUGUUCCACAACAUCUCUCAAGAACCAGCUCCGAAUCAGUCCCAGGCCUUGCCCACCACCCGAGACAUCUCCUCCAUUCCGAAGGGCGAUGGCAGCGGCAAUUGGGAGUAUCCUUCGCCUCAGCAAAUGUACAACGCGCUGUUGCGCAAAGGGUACACAGACACGGAUAUCACCGCCGUCGAGAGCAUGGUUGCCGUCCACAACUUCCUCAACGAAGGCGCCUGGAGUGAGAUCGUCGACUGGGAGAGGAGGUUUGGAAAGGGCCUGCUACGUGGCUGGCAGGUCAGCAAGCGAGGGGAGGAGAAUGCGCCAUUGGAGCUGAGACGCCUUGAGGCCCAAGAGGGUGGGCCCGUGCAGCCGACCCUCAUCCGUUUUCAAGGAAGGCCCAAUGACAUGACUCCCAAGGCGGCACUUCUUCAGCUACUUGGUCGGGUGUACCCCUCCAAGUUUAACACCGAGCCCCCAUUUGAUCGCCAUGACUGGUAUGUCUCACGAGAUGUCAAUGGCAAGCAAAAGGAGGUGCGCUAUGUCAUCGACUUCUAUUCAGGACCCCCCGAGCCCACGGGUGAGCCGGUCUUUUACCUUGACGUAAGGCCUGCCCUGACGCCCACUGGCGCCGUCGAGCGGCUGAUGCGUUGGGGAGGAGACGUCUGGUGGAGGGCGUCAGGCGGCGAAGUUCGCGAGCAGAACAGGAGAAGUACUGAGAAAUGA